UAAAACGAACACUACCAUGUGUUGCUGUUGAUAUGUGAAACCUUAGCUAAUGUUAGCCACAUCUUAAUGCAUCAUGGUGAAGUAAGGGGUUUGCUUUGAUAACUGGCAGCGACUUGUGAGCCACUGCUUUACAUGUUCACUUCACAAACAAUAUACAGCGUACAUGUUACUUGACGUUACGUGGUUAUAUUGGUUUCUGUUAGAAGUGAGGGCAGUUGGUGGGUGUUGCUAGCAAACCUAACGUCACUAACUUUAGCGAGCUAACGUUAGCUUAGCGAGCUGUCUGUUUUCACUCUCACGAGUGAGUUUAGACUCUGAUGUUGCACAUGUCUAACGCCACGGAAAUGAUCUUGCCACCCGAAUGGGACGACGAAGAGAGGAUGAAUUUUAUGUUCUCGGACUUCAAUGAGAACCGAGAUGUCAACACGACAGACUGGGACAGUAAGAUGGACUUCUGGACGGCUCUGAUUGUUAAAGCCUGCCGGGACCGAGGCACCGUUUAUGUCAGCCUGAAGGACCUGAACAAAACAUUCAGGAGGAAAGAGAGAUCCCCGCUGGGCUUGGCGACUGUCAUCCAGUCUAUGGCCAGAUGUGGGAAGAUCCAGAGGGAGUCUGAGUUUGCUGCCAACAUGGACUGUGGCUGGUUGUCCUGGGGUGUAGGCCUGCUGCUGGUGAAGCCUCUGAAAUGGACCUUCUCCACCCUGCUGGGAAGUAGCCAGGUGUCUCUAGACGAGUCCUUUGUAGUGAUUGAACUAGUGAAGGAGAAAGCAGCAGAAUUACUCAAGGUGUACCGAAGCAGUGAGUUUGCAAGCUGCUCCAUCAUUUCAUUUCAAGAGCUCUGUACUCUCUCCUCUGAUGUCUGUGCGGAUGAGAGCACCCUGUGCAUGGCUCUCCUGCAGCUGCAGAGGGACAAGCAAGUGAUGGUUUCAUUGCACGAAGGAGAGAAGAUUGUCAAGUUUUGUCAGACUGGGCAAGAUUACAUUUCUUCUGUCAGCGAUGUGGAUAUGGGCAUCUACAAGCUGCAGCGCAGUCAGAAGCUUCUGGAAGAGCGGGUGGAGAAACUGGGCCUUGAAGCUGACAAGUGCAAAGAGGAAGCAAGGGUACUGCUGAGAGAAGGAAAGAAAUCCCAGGCACUGAGGUGUAUAAGAGGCCGGAAAAGGGUAGAAAAGAGAGCCGAGAGCUUGUUUGCCAAACUGGAGUCCAUCAGAGGAAUCCUGGACAGAAUAGCCCAGUCAGAGACUGAUAAGAUGGUUAUUCAAGCGUAUCAGGCCGGAGUGUCGGCCCUGAGACUCUCUCUGAAGGAUGUGACUGUGGAGCGGGCUGAGAGCCUUGUGGAUCAAAUCCAGGAGUUAUGUGACACUCAAGAUGAGGUGAACCAAACGUUAUCCAGUGGAGUGACCAGCGCAGAUGUAGACAUAGAUGAGCUGGAGGAGGAACUAAAAUCUUUGAUGGAUGAGUCAAAGCCGGAUAGUGUCUCAAGGUUCCCUGAGGUUCCAACAAACGAACAGGGACCCUCCGGAGGGCAGAGCCUCCCGGGUUCAGACCUGCUCAGUUCUCUGCCUGCGGUGCCUUACAGCCCCCUGGAUAUUACAGAUGAGCAGCUGGAGGAAGAAUUAAAUAAGUUAAACCUAACUGAUUCAGGCUUUCAACAGGAGAAGAAGACAUCGCCAGCCAGGAGAUUAGAGCCUGCACAGUGACGGCACAGACAAAAUAUGGCGAGUUUAAAUCUCUGCGUCAACAUAUCAAACUCUAUCUCUGAAGACGUUUCUGUGUGCCAGGGUUCAUAGAAUGAAAUAAAUUCAUGAAAAACUACAUAAGCAAUUGCUAAAUCUUAACUGUAAGAACUGUUAAAUCAAUAUAUCAGGAUGAAAACAAGGCACUUUCCUUCAGUUAGUGAACAUAGAAAUGCCUUUUCUUUGGAGGCAUGCCAAAAAGGAAUACCUUUUAAAUCUGCCAUCAGGAUCUGAAGAAUCUCAAGUCAAACAUUAUCAUUUUAACAGUUUAACAUAUUAUUUUUGGUAUGCCGCCACUAGGAAUGCUUUUAACUUUGUGGUAUUUUUGACUGAGUGUGAAUAAGUAUAUUUGUUGUGUGUUUAUUGAUGUGUUUAAUUGUCCCUCAUUGGCAUUCUUGUAAAGUCUAUUAAGUGGCCUUUGAAUUGUACAUGUUUAACUGAAAGGAAAGAGAAUAUUAUGCCAAAUGAUUGAAGUAAUAAGUAUGUUUAGUCUCACUGCCACAUACUUGUGAGGACUGAGAGGCCUACCUUAAGUGAGUUUAACCAAAUACGUUUCUCAAAAAUAAAAUGUAUUUUAAUCA